AGCUCCCGGUGGCCGGGGCCCGGGGCAUGGCUGGCCCCAGCCCCAAAGCGAUGCUCCUCCAGUCUGCCCAGGAACACCAUGGUGCUCUUCGUGCCCCAGCAGGAGGCCUGGGUGGUGGAGCGAAUGGGCAGAUUUCACCGCAUCCUGCAGCCCGCCAGUUAUGGGGUGGAGGACCCCGAGUACGCCGUGACCCAGCUGGCCCAGACCACCAUGAGGUCCGAGCUGGGCAAAAUCUCCCUGGACAAAGUCUUCCGGGAGCGGGAGUCCCUCAAUGCCUGCAUCGUGGAUGCCAUCAACCAGGCCUCGGACUGUUGGGGCAUCCGGUGCCUGCGCUACGAGAUCAAGGACAUCCAUGUGCCUCCCCGGGUGAAGGAGUCCAUGCAGAUGCAGGUGGAGGCAGAGAGACGGAAACGGGCGACAGUGCUGGAGUCAGAGGGGACCAGGGAAUCUGAGAUCAACGUAGCAGAGGGGCGGAAGCAGGCCCAGAUCCUGGCCUCCGAGGCCGAGAAGGCCGAACAGAUCAACAAAGCUGCUGGGGAGGCCAAUGCCAUGCUGGCCAAGGCCAAGGCCAAAGCAGAAGCUAUUCGGCUCCUGGCUGACGCUUUGACGCAGCAGAACGGCAACGCAGCUGCCUCCCUGGCUGUGGCGGAGCAGUAUGUGAGCGCCUUCUCCAAGCUGGCCAAGGACUCCAACACCAUCCUGCUGCCCUCCAACACUGGGGACGUCACCAGCAUGGUCACGCAGGCCCUGGGCAUCUACGGCGCCCUGACCAAACCACCAGCUGCCAAGAGCCCGAAAGUGACCUCACCAGCCCUCGAGGUCCCCAAGUGCGCCCCCACAGAGCGGCCUGAGGCGGAUCAGGUGAAUUCCAGAUAGCAGAGGAACCCGGAAGACAUGGAUCACUGUGAACAAACUGCUGUGGCAGCACCUGUCAUGGAGCGUGGCACCCCCGCUCCUGCCAUGGGGGGAACCUUGCAGGACGCCUGCCGGGGGGGGGUCACGCCCUGCAACUCUCCCCGAUCAGACUCUCUCCGCCCUCUUUUUGGUUCUUAUUUUUAUUUGGAUUUAAUCAUGUAAUAAAGGAGAUGGCACCGGA